GUUAUUUCCUGUACGAUUGCUGGUCGGUUCGGUCAUGAUUAUUCAGAAGGAGAAAUGACAACGUAACAGACUUCACAUGAUUUCUUAGAGGAAGAAGCAGCUUGAGGAUGAUAGUUGCUGGUAUGCAGAAAGCUGUUUCAUUGUCAUGGAAACAUUAUUAUGUGAUCAAAUUAAGAUCAACGCCUAUUGUCUGUAGAUUUACAGGCACUGUCUGCAACAUCAGGGAUACGAAAAAACAUUCCUCAGAAACUGGACCAUCAGAAGUUAAUCAACAUAUUUUGCAGUUCUGUAAUUAUAGACAGAAUUUCAAUUUAGGUGGAUGUUCUGUAGCCUUUUGUGACAAAACAAAGACUUUAUUUAAAAAGAUCAGUGUUAAAAAUCUACAUCCAAGUCUGCAUUAUCAGAACUGGAGACAUUUGAGUGCCAGAGCUGACGUGGACCGUUACAAUGUUGACUUUCUUUAUACUGGUCUACUUAACGGUGACAGAGGCUGUCUAGCUCGUGCCAUUACACUGAUUGAGUCUAGAAACCAAAAAAGAAAAAUCCAGGCCAAAGAACUGUUGAACCGUAUCUUACAAGAAAAGACAAACCAGGAGACUGCAGCUUCAUCUUUUAGAAUAGGACUAUCCGGCCCUCCUGGUGCUGGUAAAAGUACUUUUAUAGAGGUAUUUGGUGGAUACCUGACGAGCCAGGGACACAGGGUAGCAGUGUUGGCGGUAGACCCGUCGUCCAUACAGACUGGAGGGAGUCUUCUUGGCGAUAAGACAAGAAUGCCAGAAUUAUCACGCAACAUGAAUGCCUAUGUACGUCCAUCACCUGCCCGAGGUAUACUUGGAGGCGUUACCAGGACAACCAAUGAGGCCAUACUUGUGUGUGAGGCAGCAGGAUAUGAUAUUAUUGUUAUAGAAACAAUAGGCGUUGGACAGUCUGAGUUUGUUGUAGCAGAUAUGGUAGACAUGUUUUGCCUCCUCAUUCCACCAGCUGGAGGUGAUGAGCUACAAGGUAUAAAGAAAGGAAUCGUGGAGAUGGCGGAUUUGGUUGUUGUCAAUAAAUCAGAUGGAGAAUUAGUGCCUGCUGCACGUCGUAUAAAAGCUGAAUACACCAGCGCUCUGAAAUUCAUGCGACCAAAAUCUCCAAACUGGAGACCUAAGGUGAUGAAAAUUUCUUCAUUACACAACGAAGGCAUUGAGGAACUUUGGACUACGAUGGGCACAUUUAAAAAUGCAAUGACAGAUUCUAAAGAGUUCGCAAACAAAAGACAAAUGCAGAAACGUAUCUGGAUGUGGAACUAUAUACGUGAUAACAUCAUGGAUUUGUUUCAUUCUCACAUUCGAGUGAAAAGUAAGAUAGCCGAGAUAGAGGGACAAGUUAUUGAUGGUGUUAUAUCGCCCGGUACUGCAGCUGAUCUACUUCUACAGGAAUUCAUCAAGGAGAGUUGAUUAGCUGGUGACCUUAACUUAAAGCUAAAUGUGAUAUUUAUGUUGUGAUAUGAAUAAACCGGUAUGAUUAAAUUGUGU